GUGACGCCUGGCCGGGUCGGGCAUGGCCCAUAGGGUUGGGCCAGAGAGCACUGCUCCCCGCCUCGUGUGAAGACGGAUGGGGAAGCGCGGAGUCCGGUGCUGUGGAUGUCAGGGUUAAAGUCGGUGGGGGCGGAUGCUCGGGCAGCCCAGCUGAAGAUGGCGGAGGCGCAGGUGCCGGUGCUGUUCUGCUUCUCGACCUUUUGCCGGCCGUGCGCCGUGCCGGCCGGCUCGGGCCAUGAGGUGCUCAUCCAGAAGUUCCUGGCGCUGUACGGCGGCCUGAUCGGCGUGCAUCGAAAGUUCGUGAUCCAGCAGUAUUCGGCCGAGUGGGGCGAGUACAUCGACCUGCCCAAAGGGUUUGCAGUCACCGAGAGGUGCAAGCUCCGGCUGGUGUCCCUGCAAGUGCCGAUGACUUCACUGGGAAACCUUGUAGCCUCGAGUACUGUGUUUUUCUGUUGUGACAUGCAGGAAAGGUUCAGGCCUGCAAUCAAGUAUUUUGGAGAUAUCAUAAGUGUGGGGCAAAGGCUGCUCCAGGGUGCCUACAUUUUGGGAAUUCCUGUUAUUGUUACUGAACAAUAUCCAAAAGGACUUGGGAGUACUGUAGCAGAAAUUGAUGUGACAUCAGCCAAGCUGGUAGUACCUAAAACUAAAUUUUCAAUGGUUGUACCAGAGGUGGAAGCGGCUCUUAAUGAAAUCCCAGGCAUUCAAAGUGUUGUGUUGUUUGGAGUAGAGACUCAUAUCUGCAUACAACAAACUGCCCUGGAUCUGAUUGGAAGAGGCCUUGAAGUGCAUAUUGUAGCUGAUGCAACUUCUUCAAGAAGUAUGAUGGACAGAAUGUUUGCUUUAGAGCGUCUAGCCCGGACAGGGAUUAUAGUUACUACCAGUGAAGCUAUACUUCUGCAACUAAUUGGUGAUAAGGAAAAUCCCCAUUUCAAGGAAAUUCAAAAUCUCAUCAAGGCAAGUGCACCAGAGUCUGGGCUUUUAUCCAAGGUCUAAACAAAAUAAAGCCAUCAAUAAAGCAUCUAGCAAAGGAUUCAUCUGAAAAAAAAACUGGAGACGUAUUUAAUUUUGGCAUACAUCAGGCUUAAGUGCUUAAAAUUGUUUGGGUAACAAUAUGAUCUUUUUAUAGUCACAUCUUGCUGUCUAUCUGUUAUUAUUGCAGGCUUUGAAUAUUAUGGAAUAGUAUUUCAUUCAGGUUAACAGUGCAUAUUUAAGCAGGUAUGAAUUAAUUGUAUAAAGCUAGAGUAAAUUUGCAUGAUUUUUGAUUAAUUGUGCACUUUGUAAAUGCAAUUACAUUUUGUUCUGUAGAGUCAUUUUGUAAACUACUGCAAUCAAUUAAACUGCUUUAAAAAUUUACGGUAUGUUAUAUUGGGUAUCUUCUUGUUUGAUUGGAGGAGAUCAGAUGUAGUAAAUGUCAACCUCGAGUCAAAGAUGGUACAAAUUGCAAUUCAGUUAUGUGAAGGAGACUGGGCUGCUAGAACACAUUUAAUCCACUGGCAUUAAAAUUAUUUUACCUAAGGUGCUGAGUGGCGUGAAAAAAUACUCUCCCACUUCUUUUAUGCUUAUGUAAAUGUAAUAAUCCAGUCAAAUUAUAGACUCUGGUUUUCUGUGACCAUAACACCAGACAUCUCGUAUUGUCUGUAAUGUAAUCAUCUUUGCCCGUUAUGUAAUGGUAUCCUUUAAACAGGCUGUUAGUAUACUAUUGUUAAAAAGUAGGUAGUAUUUCCCAGUGCCCUUAUUUGUUGCAUUCACUGGUUGAAGGUAAGGAGUCAUUCUGUCUACAGUACAGUUUCAGCAUGACUAGUCUAAUGUCUCUGAUUUUUAACUUGGUGUCUUGGGUUUGUUGUGGAGGAUUUCUAGCAAUCGUCCCCCUUCUGGCUGGUCUUGUCAUGUUUAAACUACUUUAUCUGAUGUGUAAGGUCUCUUAUUUCCUUUUGGCUGCUCGUUUUCAAUAAAGAAGAUUUGCACAGCUGAUUUGCA